UCAGCUGUUCUCUGCGGCAGGAAAUCACCUGUUCCUGUCUGCAUUGUCUGGUCAUGCCCUGUACUGUCCGCAGUCUCUGGUCAUCUCCUGUACUGUCCGCAGUCUCUGGUCAUCUCCUGUACUGUCCGCAGUCUCUGGUCAUCCCCUGUACGGUCUGCAGUCUCUGGUCAUCUCCUGUACUGUGUCCCCAGUCUCUGGUCCAUCUCCUGUACUGUGUCCCCAGUCUCUGGUCAUCUCCUGUACUGUGUCCCCAGUCUCUGGUCAUCUCCUGUACUGUGUCCCCAGUCUCUGGUCAUCUCCUGUACUGUGUCCCAGUCUCUGGUCAUCUCCUGUACUGUGUCCCCAGUCUCUGGUCAUCUCCUGUACUGUGUCCCCCAGUCUCUGGUCAUCUCCUGUACCGUGUCCGCAGUAUCUGGUCAUCCCUGUACUGUCCGCAGUCUCUGGUCAUCUCCUGUACUGUGUCCGCAGUCUCUGGUCAUCUCCUGUACUGUGUCCACAGUCUCUGGUCAUCUUCUGUACUGUGACCGCAGUCUCUGGUCAUCUCCUGUACUGUGACCGCAGUCUCUGGUCAUCUCCUGUACUGUGUCCGCAGUCUCUGGUCAUCUCCUGUACUAUGUUUGCAGUC